GACAUUUUUUAUAGAGCAUAAUGUCAGGAGCUUCUGUUGCCAGGCAUUAACAUAUAUCCCAAAACUAUAAUCGUCACACGAUGUGACAUCGCCCUGGGAAGACACGGGUAGGUGCUGAAGCAGAAUAGGUGUGGAUGUAGAUCGCAUAAGCAUAAGAGUUUAUUUCCUGAUAACGAUGCACCUCAAGUGAGAGGCGAGGCAGAGGUUUCCGACUGAGGCUGCAGCCUCUGACUUCACCUGGCAUGCGCAGAGAUGGGGCCCCUCUUCUUCCCCCAAAAUGUUCCAUGCGGGACUUUGCCUGCCAGCGAUGGAUUAAAAAGUAAUUGACACGAGUCUAGCCCCCGGCCGUGUCCUCAGAUUGUUCCUAUCCACUGUCUUGUCCGGUCUUCAAGGAGGGAACCAAGGUCAACGUUUUAAAAAAUGUUCACUCCCUCUUCACGAGAAAGUCAUUCAAACCGAUCAUAUUAGGGGAAAAAAGAGAGAAAGUGACCCCUACCCCCAGGAGCCCACUACACACAUCUAUUUACUCUUUCCGAACCCGGGCUCAUCAUGUAUACGCAGCUUUGUAAGCUGCUGAGUUCACUUCGUAUCGCACUGUGAGAGUCUCAACGUCCUUUGGAAACACAGCGUCUGUGGCUGUGUGCCAUUCCUUAGAAGCAGCUGCCAUGAUUUACUUAGGCAUUUCCUCAAAGUUGAUUAUUUUCCAGACAGCUAUUAUGUUUUUAUAAAUCACCUGCUGGCUUUUAAAACUCCCCUUUCUAUUAUUUUCUUGAGCUAGACUCCUACCAGUGUGGUUACCAAGUCAAGGCGGAGAAUUUGCCAAUUGCUGUCCGGAAAUCAGGAAACCGAGCUAGCCAGCAUUGCCUUCCCUACCUCGGCCAGCAUGAACAUUAAUUUUAGGUUUUUUUUUUUUAAACUGCCAAUGUGCUAGGUUCAUUGAUGACAGGUACCAGUGCUAAACAUUAUGUAUUACCACCCUCACACCCCCUGUGUGGGGACACCCCUUUUAUACACGAAAAAAGGGGCUCAGAGAGGACUCUCCCAACGGGCCAGGGUCGCCUAAGGCAGAAGGCGGUGGAGCCCCGAUUCAAGCCCAGGCUUCAACACUAGCACCCAGAUGCGAGCUUGGACCUGGGCGGAAGCCUGGGCGAUUUUGACUCGGCUCUCCUUUCCCUGCUCACUGCCUGUCUUGGUUCUCACCCGAAUGAGUUUUAUAAUUGGGGAGUAGGUGAUGCUGUGGCACCCUGCCCUAGCGCUACCUGCCCUUCACAGAUAAAGCCCAACUCCUCAGGCCAACCUUCAAAGCCACCAUUAUCCAGGUUGCCCUUUCACCCAAAGGUGUGACCUUCCCCUGACCCUGGAUUUUCCGGCGCUCGGGCCACACUGAGCCAUUUUCGCGCCUCUAAAUCCAGGCGGAGUUAGGCACCUGUGCUGCCUCCGCCCCUAACGUCCCCCAAACCCCGCGGGGUUGCAGCAGAGCGGGUCCUGAUCCUUAGGGCAGCACCUGUCACAUGACUGCAGAUGGCUCGACGCGGGAAUCUCCGCCGUUUGAAUGCGCCGGGUCGGCCUCGGGUCUGCGCGUCCCUAGCGCCACCGUGCGCCCCGCCCGCACACAGCGGGCGCUUAUUGUAAAGGGAGAGAAUUGCCCAGAGAUGUUCCCAGUUACAGACGUCUCUGGGCAACAGCAAAGGGAACAGGGAUUGCUAUUCGGUGACCACGGACUGUUUGGUUCAGUGACUCCGUGUAGGGUCGGAGGAGAGGGGCUUCGGGAUACAGGAUAGAGUCAUAAUUAAACGGAAUUUCCAAGCAGGACCGGUUCAGAGUCCGGAUGAAUAUCGUUUUUUAUCAUUAAACUCAGGCCUCUUCACCCGCUGCUGAGUCCAGUCAGCAACAAAACACUUUGAAGUAGACCUCCCCACUUUUUUCUGGGGCACAUUCUUUUGCCAGGUUGUGCGGGUCGCGGGUCUCGGUUCCCGAGUGUCCAGCGGUCGACUGACUGCACGCCCCCUCCCACCUCAGCCCCACGCGGGCCCUCCGUAUCGCGGGACAGUGGUGGCCGCGGGGAGGUCGGUUGGGGACGGUCCUCCUCGAAGUCUCCCGUGAUGUCCUUCCGAGACGGCAGAUCCUUCCCGGUGACAGACGGAUCUUGAGCUCAGAGCCGCCCCUUCCUGAUGCAGAGGACCGGGGUCGGAGGGUCUGCUCUGCCAAGGGCACCCUCGCAGCCCGGAGUCGCGCCCGCAGGCGCCGCGGCGCCAGGUGAGCGGGCGCCGCCCCCGCAGCGUGACGUGUACGCGGUGAUGGAUCUCGCCGCGUGGUCUGCAGCACCGGAACCUCCCGUCCUCCAGAGGGCGCUGGCCAGCCCGGCCUGCAGACCGACCUACUGAGCAGACAGGCCCAGGUGAAGCCUCAGGAGCCCGGGAUCCCCGGAUCCCCGGAUCCCGGAGUCCCGGAGCGCGGAGCCGGAGCAGCCCGGCUCGCGCGCGGCCUGCUCGGCCCCUGGGGGUGACGCAACGGUGGAAGGUGUGCGGGGAGGAGGCUGUGCAGUUCCCGCGGCCGAAGCCGCGCUGAGAGGCGAGCCACCAUGUUCAACCAGCUCCAGCAGCAGCAGCUCCAACAGCACUUGCAACAGCAGCAGCAGCUGCUGCAGCUCCAGCAGCUGCUCCAGCAGUCCCCGCCGCAGGCCUCGCUGCCCGUGGCCAUCAGCAGGGGGCUCCCCCAGCAGCAGCCACAGCAGCAGCUUCUGAAUCUCCAGGGCGCCGCCAACUCGGCCUCCCUCCUCAAUGGCUGUGUGCUUCAGAGGGCUUUGCUUCUGCAGCAGCUGCAAGGACUGGACCAGUUUGCAAUGUCACCAGCUACGUAUGACAGUACCGGUCUCACCAUGCCCACAGCAACAUUGGGUAACCUACGCAGCUACAACCUGGCAACCCCGAACCUGACGGCCCCCAGCCUCACACCCCCACAGCUGGGCACCCCAAAUCUACAGCAGUUCUUUCCUCAGGCCACUCAGCAGUCCCUGCUGGGCCCCCCUCCAGUCAGGGUCCCCCCCAUACACCCCUCCAAGAUCAUGCUUUCAGGGCGGACCCCCCCGAAACAGGCCCGGACACCCCCCUCCACCACCCCCGAUCACAAGGAUUCUUCUUCUCAGACAACCCCCAUGGACGACAAGGCAGACCCCGCGGAGGGGUCUGAGGAGGCCACGGAGCCCCACGCGGACACACCAGAUGACUGUGCCGAGGAGAGACGCACUUCAGCACCCGAGCCGGAGUCCUGUGAGGCGGCUGAGCCUCCAGCUAAAAGGUCAAAGAGCUCAGAGGAGCCCACAGAGAAGGGACCCUCGGGGCAGCUGCAGGCGAAGGUCCAGCCACAGGCCCGGAUGACCGCACCAAAGCAGACGCAGACCCCAGAGCUGCUGCCUGAGCCCCUGGAGGCCCGAGUGCUGCCGCGGUUCCAGCCACGGGUUCUGCAGAUGCAGCCACAGACUCAGCCACAGGUGCCGCCCGCGGACGCCCAGGUGCAGCCAAAGCUGCAGAAGCAGGCGCAGACACAGACCUCUCCAGAGCACCUAGUGCCGCAGCGGGUGCCGCCCCAGCUGCAGGAGGCGGCUGAGCCACGGAAGCAGGCGCAGGCGCAGCCGCAGCUGCAGAAGCAGGCACAGACACAGACGUAUCCCCAGGCCCAGGCAGGAACACAGGCACAGGCCCAGACCCCGGAGGAGCCGCCGGAGCAACCUCCGGUGCAGUUGCCAGUGCCGCCCUCGGACCAGGCCCAGGGGCAGGCCCAGACUCAGCCACAGGGGCCGGCAUCAGAGCGAGCACCCGUUCUGGUUCAUUCUCCCGUGCUGGAGACACCGCCCAGUGCAGUAGAAGCUGGAGCAGGCCUGGAGGGGGCCUCCCGGGAGCCAGCGGGCACCCAGGUCAGCACGGAGGAGAGCCAGGAGGAGCUGACCGGCGGCCUGGAUGUGGGCGAGUGUGAAAAAAGGGCGAGAGAGAUGCUCAGGGUGUGGGGGGCCGGGGGCUCCCUGAAGGUCACCAUCCUGCAGAGCAGUGACAGCCGGGCCUUUAGCACUGUGUCCGUCACACCCGGGCCACGUUCCAGCGACUCGACCUCUGCCACCCCCGCCGCCGCCGCCAGCACGCCCUCCGAGCAGGCUCCCCAGUUCUUCUGCUACAUCUGCAGGGCCAGCUGCUGCGGCCAGCAGGAGUUCCAGGACCACAUGGCGGGGGCCCAGCACCAGCAGCGGCUCUCGGAGAUGCAGCACACGAGCCAGGCCUGCCUCCUGUCCCUGCUGCCCGUGCCCCGAGAUGUCCUGGACAGAGAGGACGAGGACCCACCCCUGAGGCGCUGGUGCAACACCUGCCAGGUCUACUACAUGGGGGACCUGAUCCAGCAUCGCAGGACGCAGGACCACAAGAUCGCCAAACAGUCCCUGCGACCUUUCUGCACCGUUUGCAGCCGCUACUUCAAGACGCCCCGCAAGUUCGUGGAGCACGUGAAGUCCCAGGGACACAAGGACAAAGCCAAGGAGCUGAAGAUGUUCGAGAAGGAGGUGACCGGCCAAGAUGAGGAUCACUUCAUCACAGUGGAUGCUGUGGGCUGCUUUGAGGACGACGAAGACGAGGAAGAUGAUGAUAAUGAAGAAGAAGAAGAAGAAGAGAUUGAGGUCGAGGAGGAGCUCUGCCAGCAGGUGAGGUCCAAAGGUGUGUCCACAGAGGAGUGGAAAGACUCGGAGACCUACAGCCCCAACACUGCAUAUGGCGUGGACUUCAUGGUGCCCGUCGUGGGCUACGUCUGUCGCGUCUGCCACAAGUUCUGCCACAGCAGCUCGGAGGCGAAGACCUCCCACUGCAAGUCCUUGGCCCACUUCGAGAACCUGCAGAAAUACAAGAAGACCAAGAACCCCAGCCCCGCCACCAGGCCCGUGAGCCGCCGGUGCGCGAUCACUGCCCGGAAUGCCCUGACGGCUCUGUUCACCUCCAGCGGCCGCUCACACCCCCAGCCCGGCCUCCAGGACGCAGCCAAGGGCCCCAGCAAGCGACUCUAGGAGGGAGGUCUUGGUACCCCCCGAUUCCAGAUGAAGAAACUUGAGGCCUAGCCAGGUCAAGUGACUUGCUGAAGGUCAUACGUCUGGUGAACGGCCAGGAUUUGAUUCCCGGCCUGAGCUCUGGACCCCCGUGCUAGCCUCUCUCCAGCUGGAUCCUGUGGAUGGUCACGUGCAAGAAGGGCUGCACCUCUUGCCUGGCUGCUCCUCUGCUCCUGAGUUUACGGGGCUCCAGCGGGGACUCCGCCCUUCCGGUCAGGUGACCCAGGAUGAAGCAGCAGUGGGCGGGGCCUCGGCCGAGUUGAACCUUUAGUUCCCCCGUUUCCCCAUUUGGGAAGGACCCCUACAGAUCCACAGUCAGACCAACCGAGGGGGACUGAGGCCAAGAGCAGGAGGGUGGUGCCCGAGGCUGCACAGCAUGUCUUGGUGUCUCAGGGAAGGGCCCUGGUCCCCAGAGAAGCUAAGCGCAGCACACAGGGUCGCACAGCAUGCCUGAUGCUGCCUCAGCCUGGCUGGGGGAGCCGCUGCUGGCCAGGAGUGUACCAGGUGGGGAGGAAGCCCCGACCUUACCUGCACCCUCUGUGUCCAGAAAUAGAGAAGGCAAGAACCCCAUCCCCACCUCCACGCCCGUGAGCAGUCGGUGCGUGAGCAGCGCUGGGAACACCCUGACCGCUCCGUGCACCUCUGCCGGCCACUGGGGUUCCCGUGCCAGGACACAAAGGCACAGCGGUGUCGGAGACCAGUUUAAUACAGACACUUAAGGCCUGGGCAGAGUGGAGGGUGCCCAGGAGUUGGGCAGGCAGGCAGGCAAGGGGUGGUGGGCCCACGCCUGGCCCCAGGAGGGAAGGCUGGGUGGUGGAAGUCGGCCCAGACACGCCAAGGGGAGUCCCUGAAGAGUGGCUCAGGCAGUCAGGGCCACCGGGGGACCUGUAGGCCAGCCCUGGAGAAGGUGUCUAAGUCAGGCGGUGAGCGCCCAGGCUAGAGGCCAGCCCAGGGACGCAGGGCCGGGGCUUGGCUCGGGGCUCCUGGAGCCUAAGGGCUGGCAUCGCUGGGGGCCUCCCCCAGCUGCUGCUGGAACUCCAGGCGCGUCUGCCGGUUGGACUCCAGCAGCUCCUGGAGGCGGGCGUGGAGGUGGUCGUUCUUCUCUUCCAGGUGGUCCAGACAGGAGUUGAUCUGGUCCAGCAUGGAGUUGAUGGCGGCGUAUUCUGGAAGGAAGGGGGAAGACAGACGAGAUCCAGGGUCUCCCCAGGGCUCACAGGCACCCCUCGCCCCCAACCAUCAUCCCCCAGCCUUCUACUCCUUCCUGGGCCUCAGUGUCUCCACCUGGAAAGUGGGUGGAUACCGAAAGAGGGCAGGAUUUAGAGAAAUAAUACCUUAGCUCCCCGUCCUGUUUUCCGGGGUUAGGGUGGUCAGCAGGCAGUGAGCCCGGGUCCUGCAUGGGAAGUCCUGCCAAUCUCCUUUCCACGCCCUUCGUCUGCCCACAGGCCAGAGCCCACAUUCCUGAGUGAGGCCGCUCAGGCCUCUGUCCCAGGCCCGCCCAUCUUCCCAGCUCUCCCAUGGCCUUUGCCCUCAGGAUCAAAGCACCCAGGGGUCUCCAAGACCCCACUCUCCUCUCCGGCCCCGCCUCCCAUGCCUUUCCCUUUCCUCUCUCGCAUCUGCCUCUGCCCACCUCAGGCCCCUUGAACGUGCCGUUGACUGUGCCUGGAAUGUGCCAUGUCCUCCUCCUGUCUUCCCUCCCUCCUCUCCUGGAUGAGUCCUGUUCCUCACGUCUCAGCGUGGAUGCAUGCAGGGAGCCCUCCCAACACCCCAGGCUGGAUCGGGCCCCUGUGCCCAAUCCCCCUCCUCGCACCUCCAUAUCGACUGAUGCGGUUACCUGCGUGCUGGUCUGUCCUCCCUACCAGGCUGCAGAGCUCCGUGAGCGGAGGAGUGGCCUUGUGCUCACUGCUGUUUCCCCGAGGCCCUCACUGUCACACAAUAAGCAUUUGUUGAGUGAGUGAGUGAAUGAAUGAAUGAAUAGGUGAGUGAAUGAAGCCUCUAAGUGGUCAGCCUUUUUGCCUUUGCUCAACUAUCCCUGCCACCCAAAACGCCUCAACCGCAACAGCUGUUUGAAGACCAAUUCAAAACACCUCUUCUGAGAAGCCUUCCCUGGUCUCCCCCAGAAACCAUCACUCCCUCCUCCAAAGCCACUUCUGACCCGCCUCUCAGCAACACAGCGUCCCUUAGGACCCACGGGCUGAGCCCGUGCCCACUGCGGGAGGGAGUUCUGAGCCCGUCCGUGACUCAGACACGCUGUGUUGCCAGCUUGGGACGAAGGGGAAGGAGCCGGCAGUGUUUGGAAUAGGCUAAAGCCGCAGGGUGUCUGGGAUGUGCAUGCAAAUGUGUCUGCAUUCUGGAGGGACAGCACCCACCACACCUGGCAGAGGCCAGGGUCCUGGAGAGUGUCUGCUGGGGUUUUACAAUCUAACAUUUCAAGGCACAGAUGGGGAAACUGAGGCCCAGGAAGGAAGGGACUCGUCCAGGGCCCGCCAGCUGGUUGGUGGCAAAGUCGUCAAGAUUCAGACUUGGGAAGCAGGGCACGGGAGCUUCAGCCCCAGCUCCGUUCCAUCCCAAGAAGCUACUGCACCUUUCUGGAAAAGGGAGUAACUGGGCGGUUGUGAGGAGGCAAAGAUGCGAAGAGCUCGGAUAGGGCCCGGCUGCAGCAGGUAUGUGGUCCAUGUUGUCAGCACCUCACAAUCUGUGUCAUGAGACACAACCAGGAGGAGGUCGGGGCGGCGGCGUCUCCACACCACUGGGGCCAGGCGUCUUCUGUGUCAAGGGCACUUCCCAGUCCUGAGCCUUUGCCUCCCUCCUCCCACUGCGCUAAGUCCUGUGGCAUCUGCCAGGGGCCGCUUGCUGUGACUCCGGGGAGGCCCUUCCUGGUGCUGCUUUGCACCCAUCUGGCCGCUGCUGGCCGGCAGUGUCCAGGGCAAAGCGACCAGCCCACCCCUUUCCCUUGCGGGAGGGCUUCUACUUCUAUUAAAUGCAGCCCUUCGUGGAUGUUAAGUGUUCCAAAACCACUGUGGUGAUUAGUGCACGCUCUGGAUAUGCCGAAGCGCGCUGAACUGUACAGUUUAAAUGGAUGAGUUGUCUAGUAUGUGAAUUAUAGCUCAAUAAAACUGUUACCAAAAC